AUCACGGUUGCCUACCAACCAGACGGCCCGGCCCAAUAUCUAGCAAUCCGUUACGCACGCAUGGGAAUCCAACGGAGUAGCCAGCCCACUCACUACCCAUGCCCAGUUCUCCCUGUCCACCGGCCGCCGCCGCCGCUGCCGUGCGCUUAAUCCUACCCCUGUCUGUCUCCUCAUCCAGUGCAAGGAGCGCCCACCGCUGCCUGUGUCGUUUGGUCACCGGAGAUGGAUGGGGAUGAGGAGAACGUCGGGCCGUUCCGCCGGACUAGCGCGCGCACGCGCCGCAUGGCCACGCGCAUGGCGUCCGCGCUCGCCAGCUCGGACAAUCGCGCCCAGGCUGCAUUAGCUCGCCUUGAAGCUCUUGAGAGCGAUAAUGGUGGGGUCGAGGUGGUAGAUCUUAAUGAUGAUGAGUACGGAUCCACGGAUGAAGAAGACCCUGUUCUCAUGCAAAAAAAACAGUCCAAGAUCAUGAAACGUAAAACAAGGCAAGGGAAAGCUUUGGAGAAGAGGGCAGCAAGAUCACUCAUGGAUGUGCUACAAGAAGCAAAUUUGGAGUCCGUUCCUCCUCAUGUGCCAACAUAUUCAAGGGCUGCUGUGGGUCCACCGAGCACUUCAUCUCGACGCCACUACUGCUCAGUUUGCGGUAGCUCUGCAACCUACACAUGCGUGAGGUGUGGGACGCGGUUCUGUUCAUGCCGCUGUCAAGUCAUACACAAUGAUACACGCUGCCUGAAGUUUGUGGCUUGAUCGGCUGGAUAUGUAUAAGCUACAUUUGAUGUGGGGGUUUGGUAAGUUGUAGAAAACCAUUUUCUCAGUAGUGUACUGCAGUUGCACCGACCACUUUUGUUUUUUUUUCCCAGAAAUGUUGUGCGAGCUCGCAGUUAUGCAGUAGAGCUGAAAGUAGCUCUUGGUUCCAAGAUAUCUGAAUGGUAAUUUGAGUGCUUGGCAGUGUUUCUUGA